CAUCUUCUCUCUUGCCUGCUCUCGCGAUAUCUGGUUUUUCUUCCUCUCAGCCGGCCUAGGAGCCUUCAGCCCAUCAUCCGUACCUGGCUAUGGCCGAUCCCAAGUAUGCGGACCUGCCCGGCAUUGCCAGGAAUGAACCUGAUGUCUAUGAAACAAGUGAUCUCCCAGAAGAUGAUCAAGCAGAAUUUGAUGCGGAAGAGCUAACUAGCACCAGUGUGGAACAUAUCAUAGUCAACCCCAAUGCAGCCUAUGACAAAUUUAAGGACAAGAGAGUGGGAACUAAAGGACUAGACUUCUCUGAUCGUAUUGGCAAAGCCAAACGAACCGGCUACGAAUCUGGAGACUAUGAAAUUCUAGGGGAAGGCCUUGGCGUGAAGGAGUCUCCCCAGCAGAAAUAUCAACGUCUGCUGCAUGAAGUUCAGGAGCUGACUGCCGAAGUUGAGAAGAUCAAGAGCACCGUGAAGGAAUCAGCGGCCGAGGAGAAACUGACACCAGUCGCUCUUGCUAAGCAGGUGGCUGGUCUGAAACAGCAACUGGUCUCCACCCACCUGGAGAAACUGCUGGGGCCAGAUGCAGCCAUCAACUUAACAGAUCCUGAUGGUGCUCUAGCCAAGCGUUUGCUCAUUCAACUGGAAGCAGCCAAGAGUGCUAAAGCACCCCCUGCAAGCGGGAAGAGCCCUGCGAAAGCUCCAGCUGCCCCAGGAAACAUAGUGACUUACGAACUGCACUCCCGGCCUGAGCAGGACAAAUUCUGUCAAGCUGCCAAGAUUGCGGAACUGGAGAAGCGGCUGGCUGAGCUGGAAGCAACAGUUCGCUGUGAGCAAGAUGUCCAGAAUCCUUUGUCUGUUGGACUGCAGGGAGCUAGUCUUAUGGAAACUGUGGAGAUCCUGCAGGCCAAAGUCAGCUCGUUAGACAUGGCAUCCCUGGACCAGGUGGAGGCAAGGCUACAGAGCGUCCUGGGAAAAGUGAAUGAGAUUGCCAAGCACAAGUCCACGGUGGAGGACGCAGACACCCAAAGCAAGGUGCAUCAACUCUAUGAGGUUGUGCAGCGCUGGAGCCCUCUGGCCAGCACCCUCCCUGAGGUGGUGCAGCGCCUGGUUGCUGUGCGGCAGUUGCAUGAACAAGCCAUGCAGUUUGGGCAGCUUCUGACUCAUUUAGACACUACCCAACAGAUGAUCGCUAAUUCUCUGAAGGACAACACAUCUUUGCUAACUCAGGUUCAGAAGACCAUGAAGGAGAACCUUGCUGCUGUUGAGGACAAUUUUGCCACCAUUGAUGCACGGGUGCAGAAGCUUGCCAAGUGAAUCCCCUUCACUCAUUCGACUAAGGCAGGGCACUGAGGUUUGCCUGCUGUCUAAACAAGCACUAACUGCUCUGUUCCUUCCCUACCUCUGUACCUUUUCUUGUGUGCUCUUAGUGGGAGUUCAGCCUUCAUGAGGGCUAGUGGACUGAGUGCUUAUUUCUGUUGUGGGCAGGCCCGUGCCUCCCUCCCUCCACCUUUUGCCAUGUUUUGCGGCCCCUGUGGUGAUUGAUGCUGACUGCAGAGGGCAGUGCUGUACUCCUGACCGGAGGGAGGGAAUGCUAGAGAGGGAACCACCCUUUGCAUAUCUCCCUGGGAAGCUGCACUCGCUACUGCUUAGCCCAGAAGGAGCCUUCUACUUGGAAAGGUAUCUUACCCCUUAGCCUGGCAUGGAGGCGGAUCGUAUUGUUGUUUAAUUAUUUACUGUCAUUAAACACUUAUGCUUA